AUGAAAAAUAUCAUACGGUAUACUUCAACAACCACAUCAAGACCAUCUUUAUUAUCUAUAUUACCUUCAAAACGUACAUUAAAUCGAAUCCUAUUUGAUCAAGAUGCAAGAUUAUCAUACAAUAAAAUGAUACCAAUUUUAACAACAAUUUAUAAUAAUUUAUCAACACCAGAUAAAAUUAAAUUACCAAUUUAUACAAAAUCAUCCGAUUUAAUGGAAUUUCAAACAGUUUUAAAAAAUAUUAGAAAUUUAACAAGCUCAUAUAAUAAAAAUUUAAUUGAUUUAGAAAAUGAAUUAAUUGAACAAAGUGCAGAAUUGGGAAAUUCAAAUGCAAUUUCAAUAUUAUCAUUUGAAACAGUACAAAAAAGACUUAAAGACGAAUCAAGUGUUUCAUUAGAAGAUUUUAAUUAUGCAAAUUCAUUAAUACAACAAUUAUUAGACUCAAACCAUGCAUUAACUUAUAGAUAUGCUGGAAAUUUAGCAUGGGAACAGAAUAUUGUUAAAAAAGCAAUUGAAUAUUGGAAAAAAUUUAUUGAAUUAGAACCAAAUUCAAUUGAAUCAUCACAUGUAUAUUAUCAAUUAGGUUACUAUUAUUUAACUUAUGAAUCAAAUCCAUUUAUUGCAAAAGAAUUUUUUGAAAAAAGUAUUGCUGUUGGUGAAUUAGAUAAUAUUACUAUUAAAUCACAUUUUUAUCUUGGUCAGCUUAUAGUAGAUUCAAAUCCAAAAUUAGCUAAGUAUCACUGGGAAUUAAGUUCUAGUAAAGGAUUAAUUGAUUCUAUUUAUAAUUUGGGUUUUUUAGAAAUGAAUGUUUUUAAUAAUUUAAAUCAAGCUAUAGAAUGGUUUAAAUUGGGUGUUGAAUCGAAUUCUGAUAUAAACUGUUUAAUUGGUCAAUUUGAUUGUUAUAUAAAGAUGAAUAAAUUUCAACAAGCUAAUAAGAUUUUAAAGAAUUUACAAAAUUUAAGUGAUAAAAUUAAAAAUACAAGUCUUGAGAAUGUACCGGAUGAGUCUAAAAACGCAAAGAUUAAAAAUGAAGAGAUUUUGGAACUAUUUUUCAAAACUAGAGGUAAUGAUAUUAAGAAAUUAAAUGGAAAUGAUUUAAUGAUUUAA